AACCAGUUAAAACAAGAAAAAGGCGUACCAUGUUCAUCCUUCUAUUUUUUACUAUCGUUAAUUUUCAUCUGAUUCAAACUAUUAACCAUUGUGGACCAGAAACACAUUUUGAUGCUCCUUUGGUGGACAUGAUGUUCUCAUUCACUAACCCAAGUGCCGAAGAGUUGUCCUCCCUAAAUGAGAAUUCACGUGAAUCCUGUUUAGAGCAAUGUUGUAAUACAGACAAAUGUAACAUUGCCUCUUUCAAUCAAAGUUUGGCUGCUGUAACCGGUGAUAAUUGUUUCUUAUACAAAUGUUUACCAUUGGAAAAUUGUCAGUUUCAAGACUCCGUUUCCAUUAUAAGUUAUGUUUUAAAAAGAGAUAAGGAUGAUACAACCACUAUACAAAAUGAAAUUGAUACUACGGAUCCACCCCCAAAAGAUCAGGAAUUUAUAGGAGAAAAAGUUUUAGAAGUCAUUAACGAUACUGACAUUGAUACAGAUUUGUUGAAACAGGAACUAAAUACAGGGAACACCAACUUUCCUCUCUUGUCGUCGUCUGUUUUAUCCACAAAUACGAACAAUCUCACAACGAAAGGUACCACUUCCAUAACAUUGGCUUCACACCCUGCUGCGUCAACGAAUACAAACAGUUCUCCUUCCAGUAAUAAUCCAUUAACAACAGCAACAACAAAUAAAACAAAUAGUCCCGUUUCACUGACAUCAUCUGCUAGUUCUACAACUCAAAAUAUAUCGUCAACCACUGUGGAAAAACAAAGUAAUGGAAGUAGUACAGUAACUAAUCAAAUGGUAUUAGCUACAAACCAACAUCCAACUAAAGCUUCAUUGCAACCAUCGAUCGUGGUCUCAACCGAACAAGGUAAUAAUAAAUCAAGCGUUGUUCAUCCUCAAACGACUUUAAACAACAUUGCAAAUACAUCAACUAAAACAGUAUUACUUAAUGAAACUAAAACUACUUCUGAGCCAAACAUGGCGAAUAUGACAGAACUGGAAACCACACUUAAUCAUGCAAUGACAACACAACAUAAUGUUACAUCACCGAAGAAGAUUACUACUACAAACUCAAUAUUGAAUACAUUGACGAAAGCUUUAAAUCUUACGAACAUAGUGAAUGAAACAGCUAAAACGACGAUGACAACAACAACAUCAACAACUACUACAACAACUACUAUGAUGAUGACAACGGAAUUAACAACAAAAGAAACAACCGAAUAUUUGAGCACAAAAGAAGCGACGACAACUAAAGAAACAACAACAUCAGGCAAUGAUACACAAACGAUAGUCACAAACCAACCAACAACAGAAUCAAGUAACAUGUCGAAGUCAACAGAAAAACCAAUUACAACAGGAAUGAACAAUUUGUCUGAUAACAUACUGUCAAUUAAAACCCCUAACCAAACAGUGUCUGCAGAUAUUAACUUCACCUCUGAAAUAGUGCAAGAUUUAAUACAUGUAACACCAGCGUCAGCAACUGCUGAUAUAGUAAUAUCAACCAUUUGGAAUGAUUCAGCAGGUGCCAUUCAGACAUAUAACCAAACUCUUAUGAGUAACACAGCUUCAGUUAUUGUACCGGAUAACGAAAUAUCGGAAACGGUGUUUAAUGAUGAAAUUAGAAUUCAAAAUAACACAAUUUUCUUUGGAGAUCUGAACAUAACUUUUGCUGAUACUAACCAAAUGAAGGAAGAAAAGGAAGAGUCCAAUGUGCUAUCCGCCGCCCUCAUAGCAGCACUGUCUUUUGGAAUAUUAUUCUUCUUUGCUGUUCUUGUUCUAAUAGGAAAACGUUGUUUUGAUAGCUGGCAAAAACGACAUUACUCUAGAAUUGACUAUCUUGUAAAUGGAAUGUACAAUUGAUAGUUUAAAAUGAAGGUCUACUUAUUCAUUUCUCAUUUUUGAUUUUUUUGCAUUCAGUUAAAAAGGAUGGAAAAGAUAAGUCAAUGCAAAACAAACAUGAUAUUGUUGUUUCUGGAGAAAAAAAAGUAUUAAUGUAUGGUCAUGCCAACUUUCAUAUAUAUAUAAGCCUUUGAAAUAAAUUAUCAAUUCAA